GCUGUAGGGUGUUUUAAGGUAAAGGACGUGGAGUCUAGAAAUGGAGUCUCACGUCCGGAGAUGAUGAGUAUUUCACAGAAGUAUCAGAAUUUGUGCUUGAAAAGAGGGGCAUGGGAUCCUGAUGAAGAUCAAAUAUUGAGAGCUUAUAUUAUGAGAUAUGGCACUCGGAAUUGGAAUGAGAUGCCGAAAGCUGCUGGUUUGUUAAGGUCAGGGAAGAGUUGCAGGUUUCGUUGGAUGAACUAUCUAAGGCCGGAUAUUAAGCGUGGAAACUUCAGCAAGGAAGAAGUGCAGACCAUAAUCAAGCUGCAUGAAAUGUUAGGAAAUAGAUGGUCUGCAAUUGCAGAAAAGUUGCCCGGAAGAACCGAUAAUGACAUCAAAAAUUUCUGGAACACCCACUGGAGGAAGAGCUUCAACAACAAUAUUAGUAAUACUGCAGUGCAAGCACCUAAACUUGAGGGAACACAGACAUCCGAAGAAGAAUCCAAGCAAAGGAAAUCAUCGAACAUCAUCGAUGUUUCAUUUCCCACUGCUCCAAAAAUAUUGAAUUUAGAAGAUCAGUACUCCUCCAAGGGGACGCUCCACAUGUUACCAAUUCGGUCUACUGAUAAUAUCUCAUCAUCAAGUUCCAGUCAUGUGAAUGGCAUCAAUGAAAACAAGCGCGUGGAGGACAAUGUUGGAUCACUCGAAUCAAUUGGAGAACUAAGUUCGUUGGAUCAGCCAUCUUCCAUGGAAGCGCAAAUGGGCAAGGUGGAGGAUUAUGGAGAAGCAUACACAGAUCAAAUGUGGGUCCAAGAAUUGUUGGACUAUCCAAAUGCUUCCCAUAAUUUUGAUGCUGGCCAAGAGUUUUGGAUGAAUUGUUUGAUGCAAACACAAUUGCAUGGAGACUAAGAAUAGCUAGUGUUUAGGGUGUUCGUGGCAAUGUCCUUGGUGCCAUUGCAUUGGUAUGUUUCAUUUGUUCUCCUUCCAUUGUGUUCCAACACUGAAUCCCAACCUCACAAUGCUUUUUCUUUGCAAUAAAAAAGAAAGAACUCUAA